AUGACAAGCGAUGACGUGAUGUUCCAGAUGACAAGCAACGACAUGAUGUCUCAGAUGACAAGCAAUGACAUGAUGUCUCAGAUGAGAAACAAUUACAUGAUGUUCCAGAUGACAAGCAAUGACAUGAUGUGUCAGAUGACAAGCGAUGACGUGAUGUUCCAGAUGACAAGCAACGACAUGAUGUCUCAGAUGAGAAACAAUGACAUGAUGUUCCAGAUGAUAAGCAAUGACAUGAUGUUCCAGAUGACAAGCAAUGACAUGAUGUUCCAGAUGACAAGCAAUGGCAUGAUGUCUCAGAUGACAAGCGAUGACAUGAUGUCUCAGAUGACAAGCAAUGACAUGAUGUUCCAGAUGACAAGCAAUGACAUGAUGUUCCAGAUGAUAAGCAAUGACAUAAUGUUCCAGAUGACAAGCAAUGACAUGAUGUCUCAGAUGACAAGCAAUGACAUGAUGUCUCAGAUGACAAGCAAUGACAUGAUGUUCCAGAUGACAAGCAAUGACAUGAUGUUCCAGAUGAUAAGCAAUGACAUGAUGAUCCAGAUGAUAAGCGAUGACAUGAUAUUCCAGAUGAUAAGCGGUGACAUGAUAUUCCAGAUGAUAAGCGGUGACAUGAUGUCUCAGAUGACAAGCGAUGACAUGAUGUUCCAGAUGACAAGCGAUGACAUGAUGUUUCAGAUGAUAAGCGGUGACAUGAUGUCUCAGAUGAGAAACAAUGACAUGAUGUUCCAGAUGACAAGCAAUGACAUGAUGUCCCAGAUGACAAGCAAUGACAUGAUGUUUCAGAUGACAAGCGAUGACAUGAUCGAUGACAUGAUGUUCCAGAUGACAAGCGAUGACAUGAUGUUCCAGAUGACAAGCUAUGACAUGAUGUUCCAGAUGAUAAGCGAUGACACGUCUCAGAUGACAAGCUAUGAUAUGAUGUUCCAGAUGAUAAGCGAUGACAUGAUGUCUCAGAUGACAAGCGAUGACAUGAUGUACCAGAUGUCAAGCUAUGACAUGAUGUUCCAGAUGACAAGCUAUGACAUGAUGUCUCAGAUGACAAGCAAUGACAUGAUGUUCCAGAUGACAAGCGAUGACAUGAUGUUCCAGAUGACAAGCGAUUACAUGAUGUCUCAGAUGACAAGCGAUGACAUAUAUAUGGAUAUAUGGAAACGUUCCCGAGUUACGAUGUUCUUUUUUUAG